UCGAUCGAGAAGCCUCGCUCGCUCGUCACGUCAUUGCUCCAUCAAUCCUAUAGCCGCCACCGCCACCGCCAUGAGAUCGCCGCUAGCGGUGUUCCCGCUCGGGGUCGCGCUCCUCCUGCUGACCGCGGCCGCGCUCCCCGCGCCGUCGCGCGGCGAGUGGGCGCCGGUGGCGGACACGAACGACCUGGUGAUCAGGCAGGUGGGGCAGUUCGCGCUGCUGGUGUACGGGCUGGCGCACCACAGGGACCUGGCGUUCGCGGGCGUGGUGCGCGGCCAGACGCAGGACGCCGUGGGCGGCGGCACCAACUACCGCCUCAUCGUCGCCGCGGCCAGGCCCUCCGACGGCACCACCGCCAAGUACGACUGCCUGGUGUGGGGCGUGCCCGGGUCGCGCUCCGACACAUGGAAGCUCCGCAGGUUCAGGAAGCUAGCUGGCUACUGAUAUUGCUCGAUCUAUCUUCUAUCCAUAUCUAUAUAGACUAUAGUGAUAAGUAAGUAUCAUAUGCCGCAGCUGGCGUUACACCUUUUUUUUUUUCAUUUGCGCGUUGUAAGCGUCAGGAAUAAGGUUUUUAGAUCAAAAUGAUCAGUUGCAAGGGUUGUUCUCCUUGUUUAGCAGGAGUCAUGUAUUUUUUUUCGCGACCGUACCUUAGCACGUAUGGUUAUAAAAAAAUGUAUGGUUAUCACAGAGCUCUGU